AUGAGAUCUGUCGGCAUUAAAGCAAUUCCUAGAAAUGCCUUUUUUGGAUUAACUGAACUGAAUUACUUGAACAUCGAAAGAAAUGUGAUAACUAACAUUUCUCCAAAUGCAUUUGCUGGCAUAACAAACCUAAUACAACUCAGUUUGUAUCGAAAUGCAUUAACAUCGUUACCGGAAACAGUUUUUCAUGGGUUACCAAAUCUUAGAGAGUUGGAUAUAUCCUAUAAUAAACUUCAAUCACUCAAUUCAUCAUUAUUUAAUGGAUUAAAUGAACUACUUGAGUUGCACAUUGGCAACAAUGACAUAACAUUCUUACCAAGUGAAAUAUUUCACAAUUGUCAUAAAUUAACAGUGUUGGAUUUGUCACAUAAUAAACUUCAAUCACUGAGUUCAUCAUUAUUCAAUGAAUUAAAUGAGCUACUUGAGUUGCAUCUUGACAACAAUGACAUAGCAUUCUUACCAAGUGAAAUAUUUCACGAUUGUCCUAAAUUAACAGUGUUGGAUUUGUCACAUAAUAAACUUCAAUCACUGAGUUCAUCACUAUUCAAUAGAUUAAAUGAACUACUUGAAUUGCACCUUGGCAACAAUAAAAUAACAUUCCUACCAAGUGAAAUGUUUCACAAUUUCCCUAAAUUAAAACUGCUGGAUCUGUCACAUAAUAAUCUUCAAUCAUUGAAUUCAUUCUUAUUUAAUAGAUUAAAUGAGCUACUUGAGUUACACUUUGACUACAAUGACAUAAACUCCAUACCAUUAACGUUAUUUCAUUCAUUGACAAGACUAACACACCUAAACAUCGGUUACAAUAAACUAACAUCUUUAUCUACCACUCAUUUCACCGCAUUGACACAUCUACGCAGACUCUACCUUAAUGGUAAUGAAUUGACAGCUUUGCCGUAUGACAUAUUUCACUCAUUGACUGAAUUACUUAAAUUAUAUCUACAAUCAAACAAACUGCAUUUUCUGGCAAUUCACAAUCUUCCAAAGUUAUCAAUCUUGUACUUAUCAGAAAAUAGAUUCACAGAUAUAUCGGUUACACAAGACAUCACAGAAAUCGGACUCAAUAUUUUCGGAUUGCCAAGACUCCAUAAAUUAGACUUAAUGUACAUGGAUUUCAACAACCUUACACAUCUAUCAGAGCUACCAUCAGAUCUAUGGUAUAUGUCCAUCAGAAACAACAAAUUCUCACAUUUACCUGACAGUAUUAUGAUUUUAUCAAAUAUCCGUUUCCUGUUUAUUGAUAACAACGAACUACACCAUUUACCAAGUUUUCAAAAUCUAACACAGUUAGAAAUAUUACGACUUUCAGGCAACCCCUUGUCAUGUGAUUGUCACAUGGAAGAAUUCAUGAAAUGGUCAAAGAGUAUAAACAUUCACAUAUAUGGAAACUGUCAGUAUCCAAUCAAGUAUACAGGAACGAGCAUCACAGAUUUAACAGUGUCUGAUCUUCAGUGUUUCAAACCAAAUUUCACUAACACAUUCGAAUCGGUGUAUGUUGGAGUAAAUGAUUCCGUGACAUUGAGAGUUAAUGUGAAUGUUGCCCCACCUCCUCAUAUUCAGUGGAUCACGCCUAAAGGUAUUCGUAUUGACUCUGACUCGGAGAGUAACUCUCGAUAUCGUCUUGAACCAGAUGGCAGUCUUUUUAUCUCCUCUACACAGAAUGAGCAAGCUGGGAUGUUUGUGUGUAUUGCAGAAAAUUGGAAAGGUGUUGCCACAGCAGUACGAUUUCUUGAAAUACGUACUCCGCCACAGACAACGACACCCUUUGCUAAAACGUUCUCCAUUUCUCCGUAUACUGAAAUGACCAGAACACACAUGGAAUACAAUGAAACGAUUUCCACCAAGAUAUACUUGCCAGAGACCACGAACAAUAUUAGAUCUAACAAUGUACUCAACACGGGAUACAUUGUAUCAUUCAUUAUUGGUUUGGUGGUUGGAAUUUCAACUAUUGUUUUGAUACUUUGUAUAUUUCGUCAAUUUUGUUGCAAACGUAGCGAACCACUGAAAACCCCAAAAGAAAACAUCGACCUUUCUUCAGUAACUAGAACGGAAGAUGAAUCGCAUCUCCAAUACACUGAUGUGAACAUUGAAGAAUGCAACACCUGCCAACAAUUAACUACAACAAAUAAUAUGACAGGACAAUAUGCUAAUGCUAACAUUUGUCAGGUCAGUGACCUGAUGUCUCCAAUCUGGCAGUAA